UUGGCCGGACACCGUUCCGGUGCACAACGCGUUGCUACGUAUUUAGCACAGCUAACGCUCCUGCUCCUUCGUCCUGCCGUCUUACAGGAGAUGCUCGCGGACAGGAUUUAAACUCGCUGAGUGAAAUCACAAGUAGUUGUGAUGUCGGAGUCCAAACCCCCCACUCCUACCACCCCGACCCCUGGAGACAUGUACAAGGGAUGGCUCUUCAAAUGGACUAAUUACAUAAAAGGUUACCAGAGACGAUGGUUUGUUCUCAGCAACGGAUUACUGUCUUACUACAGGUGUCAGGCGGAGAUGGGUCACACCUGCAGAGGCACCAUAAACCUGGCCACCGCCAACAUCGCCGUGGAGGACUCUUGCAAUUUCGUCAUUUCCAACGGGGGAGCGCAGACGUAUCACCUGAAGGCCAGCUCCGAAGUCGAGCGCCAGCGAUGGAUCACCGCGCUGGAACUCGCUAAGGCCAAAGCCGUGCGCAUGCAGGACGAAUCUGACGACUCUGCUGAUGAGUUCUCUGCAGCGCCCCCUGCCUCCACUCAGGCCAGGGGAUCUCAUACCUCAGAAGUCCAGUCCACGCUGCGCACCCUGGGCAGCAAGGUGGAGGACCUCACCACCUGCAACGAUCUGAUUGUUAAACAUGGCUCUGCUCUCCAAAGGUCUUUAUCAGAGCUGGAGGGGCUCCAGGUUGGACCUGACAUGGGGGAAAAGAUCCGACAGGUCACAGAAAGGGCCACGCUUUUCCGAAUCACCUCCAACGCCAUGAUCAAUGCCUGCAGGGACUUCCUGUCCAUCGCCCAGAGCCACAGUAAGCGCUGGCAGAAGGCCUUACAGACCGAGAGGGAGCAGAGGAUUCGCCUGGAGGAGACGCUGGAGCAACUAGCCAAACAGCACAACCACCUGGAGAGAGCGUUCAGAGGCGCCACCGUUCUGCCACCUUCCCUCAGCAAUCCCAACUUAAGCAUUAAAAGCGGUGUUUCAGGAAAGGGCGAUGCCAGUGAUGAGGACGAUGACAAUGAGUUCUUCGAUGCAAUGGAAGACCCAACAGGAUUUAUUACUGUUCCUGCUGACCCCAAGUACCACAGGAGAUCUGGCAGCAAUAUCAGUGGGAUAAGCAACGAGACGGGAAUGGACGACCAGUCGUAUGAUGAACUGUCCUUGGCGUCCAAUUCUGAGUCUUCGCCGCCUCUUGAGCUGGAGCCGGUCAGACAAAGACGGACUCGUAUUCCCGACAAACCCAACUAUUACCUUAAUUUGUGGAGCAUCAUGAAGAAUUGUAUCGGGAAGGAGCUCUCAAAGAUACCGAUGCCGGUGAACUUCAACGAGCCGCUGUCGAUGCUUCAGCGUCUGUCUGAAGACCUCGAGUACUACGAGCUCUUGGACAAAGCCGCAAAGUGUCAGAGCUCUUUAGAGCAGAUGUGCUACGUGGCGGCUUUCACCGUCUCGUCCUACUCCACUACGGUCCACCGCACAGGGAAGCCCUUCAACCCUUUACUGGGGGAAACCUUUGAGCUGGACCGGAUUCGAGAGUCCGGUUACCGAUCGAUCUGUGAACAGGUAAGCCACCACCCACCAGCUGCAGCCCACCACGCCUUCUCUGAGAAGGGCUGGACCCUCAGACAGGAAAUCACACUGGCCAGCAAGUUCCGGGGAAAAUACCUUUCCAUUAUGCCUCUGGGCUCCAUCCAGUGUAUGUUUGAUAAGAGCAACAAUCACUACUCCUGGAAAAAAGUUACGACGACCGUACACAACAUAAUCGUUGGGAAACUGUGGAUUGAUCAGUCAGGAGAGAUCGAUGUGGUGAACCACAAGACCGGAGAUCGCUGCCACCUCAAGUUUGCUCCUUACAGCUACUUCUCUAGAGAUGUACCCCGGAAGGUGACAGGAGUUGUGACGGAUAAGGAUGGGAAGGCUCAUUAUGUUCUGUCAGGAACAUGGGAUGAGAAGAUGGAGUUUUCCAGGAUCAUGCAAAGCAGCAAAGGCGAGAAUGGCACUGAGGGCAAACAGAGGACUGUUUACCAAACCCUCAAACCCAAGGAAAUCUGGAGAAAGAACCCUUUACCGGAAGGAGCAGAGAACAUGUACUACUUCUCCUCUCUCGCAUUGACCCUGAAUGAACCCGAGGAGGGCGUGGCGCCGACGGACAGCCGGCGGCGUCCGGACCAGCGCCUGAUGGAAGAAGGUCGCUGGGACGAAGCGAACGCAGAGAAGCAACGGCUUGAAGAAAAGCAGCGCUCUACCCGGCGAGAACGGGAAAGAGACUCGGUUAAAGCGGUUCCAACGCCUGAGGAAGCUCUUGCACAUGAGGGUGGCACCACAGGAAGUGAGGUUUCUGAUGGAACUGAUGCAGAGGACUCUCCCCCCCUCACGCCUGUUGCAUCCCCUUAUGGACAAUCUGUCCCUCUAUACUCAAGCAAGUAUUCAGAUAAAAUCAUCAUGUAGUAAAAACUAGACAUGCUUGGAGCCCAAUUUUGCGGGGGGGUUCGAUCCAAUCCCAGUUUCUGAAUUUUUAUAAAUACCUGCUGAAACUGAUGGUUUCUGAUCCAGAACGCCUUAGGCUUAAUAUUAAAUUUUCAUUUUGGACACUAAAUAAGCACUUUGGGGGUGCUGUAGACUCCAGAAGUCAAUGAAGGCUUCUGCUUUUUACUCUGAGGGUUUAUUUGAGUGUACAAUGGGCUGAAAAGCCUCUUGAUCUACAACAAAACUACUUUGUGAUUGUGUAAUUUAAUUCUGCCAACCGUCAAUCAAUCAAUCAAAUUUUAUUUGUAUAGCACAUUUCAGCAGCAAGGCAUUUCAAAGUGCUUUACAUCAUAUCAAACACAGAAACAAUGCAAUGCGGUCAUCAGUUACUCAUGAGCAGAGACAGCGCUGCACUGUGUGCAUACAUGAGGAAUAAACUCCUGUUUUAUUAAGCCAUUUACUGUGAAAAUAAAGUAAUUAAAUUAAAUAAAGUCAAGAACCUAUGAUGGUGAUAUUUUAUGGUGUACUUUGCCUUAAACUUAGACUUGUUGCUGAAAAGUUGCCUUAUAAAUACAACUUCAUCUUCACAUGUUUUGUAAGUGCUUAAUGGAAUUACAAACACAUUUCUGUUUGCUUUUUACAGUUUCUUUUUUAAAAUCUGUGUCAGUUCCUGGGAUUUUGGUUAUUAACUAAUUAUCACCAGGGGUGUAUCGAUUUAUCGGCCCUUAAUUUUGGGAGAUCUGUAAUCAGCCGAUACUUGCAUAUAAAACCGAUCUUAACCACUGACCUUGGCCAGUGAUGUCAGCCAGGCUCUGAAAAACAGUCACUGUCACCUUGUGCUCUGCAUGACAGAGGAUUGACUGAUGAGGCUGAUUUGUUGUGAGCUGAUUCUACAUUAAUCAACCAUAUGGAAUAGAAUAUGGUUGACGUGACAUUUUGACCAGGUCACGUCCAAACGUCGGCGGUUAACAACAGUCACACCCACUGUUGCCAACUUUGGAACAUCCUGCAUUUACAUUACAAAGUUGAGCAAAACUUUGUCAAUAUUCUGCUAAUGUCGGAGAAAACCAAAUGCGCAGUUGGAGUGUUUUCAUUAAAUAAGAAAUGCAAUUAAAACCUAAAGUGAAUAACUUUGUUCACGCGAUACAUUUAUAUUACUAAAACGGCAUCAUCAUCCUACCACCUUCUGUCGUCUUCUUCAUCAUUUCCGCCAGUAGUAACAUCCGGUUGUUGAUCACGUGACUUGCGUGAUGCGAGUCAUGUGAUCAACACUUUGUUGUAAUCAACAAAAAGUGUUUCCACAGCAGUUUUGCAAAGUACACAAAUUUCAUAACCACCUCAUCCUGGGGCAAAAACCUUUUAUUGAAAGAUUG